AUGCAUGCUGCUGCUGCACCCACUUCAUUACCUGUUGUCGCUCCUAACAACCUUCAACCUUCUAAGCGAAGCCGAAGUAUCCCCAAUGAUCUUAAAGAAGUCGACCGCGGUUCACCAGAAUAUUAUAUUGUCAAGUUCAAGGAUCCCGAGUUGAAAAGCGUCAAUCCUCGACUAGUUGCCCAUUUGGCUGUUAGCUUGCGUACUAUGUCACUGAGCUGGGUGCGACAGUUUAUUGACAGUCGCGGUUUGCAAGCCAUUACGGAUGCCCUUGGUGUAUUGAACAGACGGACUCAUCGCACCGACGCCGAGCUUCAAAUGGAAACCGAGAUAUUAAAAUGUUUCAAAUCGCUUUUGAACAAUCGCUGGGGAGCUCGAGACGUCAUUUUGAACCCUCAAUGUAUAUUCAACGCAAUUUUUUCUAUUGUUUCCUCCUCCAUGGUCACUCGUAAGCUUGUUUGCGAAGUAAUGGCAUUUUUGUGCUAUUGUGAAGAACCGACUGGUCAUGAAUUGGUAUUGCGAGCAAUGGACCAAGUACGAGACGCGCGAAAAGAGAUCGGUCGCUUCGACGCUUGGUUAAAUGUAUGGGAAGUUACAUUGGAUGGCCGUGGAAGACUGGGUAGUAUGGUGGGAGCAAGCGAUGAAUUCAAGAAGCAUGGUAUACAAUCCGCACCGGACAAUCAACUAUCUGACUAUGCUCUAUCGAAUAUGAUACUCGUAAAUGCCCUUAUACAAGUGAUGGACGAUCUCGAAUUGCGCAUUCACAUUCGAAACCAGCUCAAUGUUUGCGGUCUCCAACGAAUCAUCGAAAAAAUGAAAACGUUCAAUAAUGAUCAUAUCAAUCGUCAAAUCCAAUCGUUCAAAUCCGUGGCAGAAUCUGAUAGUGACGACAUGAUGGAGAUUUACAACGACCAGGUGCUAAAUGACUUGAGUGAUCCUCGCGAUGUCUUUGAAUGCAUUUUGGCCAGCGUGGAAGGCACUCGCGGAUACGAAUUUUUUCUUUCUGCACUUCAGCAUCUCCUAUUUGUUAGAGAUGAAGGCGAAGUAAGGACUCGCUACUAUCAAGUAUUGGAUAGUUUCGUCAGUCAGAUUGUUCUUGACAACAAAGGACUAUCCGAUGAUUUUACGUCAAGCUAUGGGAUGUCUGUGAGGUACCUUAUUGACAAGUUCGCCGAACAAGACGAACUUAGUGCUGCCCUUGAAGAAGUGAAGGAAACACGGCAAUUGUAUGAACAGACCCUGGAAGCAAAGAAUGCCCUCGAAGCGGAAAUGAAUGAAAGAGGAGAUGGUAUAGUUACCCAUUUGAAAGAGAAGACAAGGUCUCUGGAAGACCUUCUGCGCAUAUCUCGUCACACCAUUGCAACUUUGCAGGACAAAUUGCAAGACUUGCAAAGAAGCUACCAGCAAAACUUAGCAUCAAUGGAGGCAAAACUUAAUGAUGUUGCCGACACGAAGAUGACCCCGGAUGCGCUGGUGGAAAUUGUAAAUCAGAGUUCUGCAUCAACCGCUGAAAAGAAGGAAACGUUACUUCGAACCUAUGAAAGAAUACAAGCCCAAGAACGUCUUGAAGGUGCAGAUAAAGGUCCAGGGAAUAGCAUUUUGUCUGUUUCGGUGAGUGUUUUCUUCAUUAAAUUUGACCUUGAGCCGAAAGUCAUCUGCUGA